AUGGCGCCACUGCUCGGCACUUGGGAAGCAGAGACGACCUCCUCGUCGUAUUCUACUGCAGUGGACGAUUCUUUCCUGAAAAGCAUCCUCUAUGUUGAUGCCUAUGAUUCAUUCUCUUACAAUGUGGUCGCCAUGCUCGAGGAGACCCUACACGCCCAGGCCACCGUCAUGACAAUUGACUCAGAGUGGCCAGAAGGCGACAUGAAUGGAUUCCUACGACACUUUGAUGCUGUUGUGUUGGGUCCCGGUCCAGGAGAUCCCAAUUUACCCAAGGAUGUUGGAAUCAUGCGAGAUGUCUGGAAUCUGCAAGAUGGCGAGCUUCUUCCAGUGUUCAGUAUCUGCUUGGGGUUCCAGAGUUUGUGUCUACACCAUGGUGUGCCGAUUGAGCGUUUGCCUUAUCCUCUCCACGGUCAGGUUCGCCAUAUCUCCUCAGCGGCCAAAGACAUUUUUGAGGGUCUGUCCGAUGUGGAGGUCACACUGUAUCACUCGCUCUAUGCCAAUCUGGACAAAUCCACUAGUUCGCGAGGAGUGCAAUCGGAGGAUUUAGAAUUUCUGGCAUGGCUACCACUCGAGCUGAAAUCAGGGUCCACGACCGAAAUUGCGAUGGCGGUUCGUCACCGCCAAAAGCCGUUCUGGGGCGUCCAAUUUCAUCCUGAAUCAUGCAAAUCAGAAAAGGAGGCAUGCAAGAAACUGCUACUGAGUUGGUGGCAUAAGUCACUCACAUACAACAAGCUUGCAGGGCGAGGAGGGUAUGGGAAGUUGUCUGAAAGAAUGAUCACGACAAGCGAAGACACAAGUUCUCUCCCCGAUAUCGCACAGCACAUGUUGACAUGGAGCUUGUCAACAUCUCCAUCCUCGGCUUAUCGAUCGUUGCCCCUGAAGAGCUUAACUGCGGAGUCAAUCAGCGAGCUUUUCAACAAGCCUGGAUCCCCGACUGUGCUAUUUCAGUCCAAUGGGCGCUACAACAUUAUCUCCAUCCCCAGUUCUGGCUCCUGGCGGUUCGAAUAUCGAGUUGAGUCUCAAAAAUUGAUUAUGCAUCAAGUCGGUGGCGCUGAAUCGGCAGUUGUCGAAGCCUCGUUCACAUUGAAUCAAAUGUGGGAUUCCCUUCGUUAUUUGAUGGAGAGGAAGAAAGUAAGUUCCGGCUGCUCGCAGAUACCAUUUUGGGGUGGCUUUCUCGGAUACUUCUCCUAUGAGUUGGGACUGGCUUGUCUACCUCAUCCGAAGGGCUCUCCGCAGCCUGCUCCCUCAGGGACUCCCUCAUCAUCUGAUGCCAGCGAGGAGGCGCCGGCCGAUGUUAGUCUCCUGUGGUGUGAAAAGAGUAUUGUCAUUGACAAUGAGACUGCGAGUGUUGUUGUACAAUCGACACGUGACGCGGAUAGCCUGCCACGUGGAUGGCUAGAUGAGACAUCACGACUACUGCAGGAGAGGUCAUCAUCUCAUUUAAGCAGCGAAACUGUUGAGAUUCAAUUCCUGGAUUCGAUCCUGCGAGAUGUGCAAUUCACAUUUCCACAAGAAGAGGCAUACAAACAAAAAAUCAACGACUGCAAAGCCGAGCUUGAAGCAGGUGAAUCAUACGAGUUAUGCCUCACCUCGGAAACCUCGAUCACACUGCCUACCCCUACCACAGAGGAAGAUCAAGCUAUUUUCCCCUGGAAACUGUACAAAAAGCUCAGAACCUACAACCCAGCCGCAUUCAGCGCAUUUGCCGACCUUGGCCGGACAAAGAUCGCCAGCAGUAGUCCGGAAUGUUUCCUUAACUGGGACCGCACGUCCAUGCUCGAAAUGAAGCCCAUGAAAGGCACCGUCCGCAAAACUCCCGAGAUGACCAUGGAAAAAGCUCGAGAAAUUCUUGGCACUACGAAAGAAAUGGCCGAGAACUUGAUGAUCGCCGAUCUGAUCCGCCAUGAUCUUUACGGUAUUUGCGGGUCCGGCAGCGUUCAUGUCGAGAAACUCCUUGAGGUCGAGGACCACGGCCGAGUCUACCAGAUGAUCACACACGUCAAGGGCGAAGUCCGACCGGAACGACCGGGUUAUGCCGUGCGACACUUGUCACAAGCAAAUUCGUCGAAUAUGGCUGUGCACGGUCUCGCGGCGCUCCAACGUUGCCUUCCACCUGGUUCGAUGACGGGCGCACCCAAAGAGCGAUCGUGCGUGCAUCUCCGUCGUAUCGAAUCGCGAAAACGUAGCAUCUACUCCGGGGUUAUGGGUUAUCUUGAUCUUGGCGGCGGUGGCAGUUUCUCGGUUCUGAUUCGGACUGCGUUCACACAUAUAUCGGGGCAAGAAUCUCCUCCACAGCGUCAUCAGACUUGGAAAAUCGGCGCCGGUGGCGCUGUUACCACUUUGAGCACGGCCGAGGGUGAAUGGCAAGAGAUGUUGACCAAGUUGCGCACUGUCUGCAAUGUUUUUACUUCAUCGCAAACCAACUCUUGA